AUGAAAGAGAACGAGGCGGUUGAAGAACCUUUGAGUUGCUCAACGACUAAAAAGGCAUUUUUAAUGAACAGAAGAGCCAAUGAAUCUACAACCUGCACUCAGUGUGGAAAGAGUUUUAGAAAAAAACAUCUUGAGCAUCACAUGAGGAUCCACACUGGAGAGAAGCCGUUUACAUGUGAUCAGUGUGGAAAGAGCUUCACAUACAAACAAAAUCUUGAUGACCACAUGAGAGUUCAUACUGGAGAGAAGCCGUUCACAUGUGAUCAAUGUGGAAAGAGAUUCUCAUGCAAACAAAGUCUUAAGCUUCACAUGAGGAUCCACACUGGAGAGAAGCCGUUCACUUGUGAUCAGUGUUGUAAAACAUUUAGUAGGGCAUCAGCCCUGAAGACACACCUGGUAGUUCAUACAAAGGAGAAGCCACAUUCAUGUUCUGUGUGUGGAAAGAGUUUUUCAGUGCUGUGUAGUUUACAAGUACAUCAGAAAAUACAUACUGGUGUGAGAGAGUACAUGUGCUUUGAGUGUGGGAAGACUUUUAAUACAGCAAACAAUUUAAAACAGCACCAGAUUAUUCACACUGGAGAAAAACCGUACAAGUGUUCAUACUGUGACAAGAGAUUCAGUUUUUCAUCAAAUCUGAAAAGACAUGAAAGGAUCCACAGCAGAGAGUGA